UCCCCUGACCGGGACGCAGCCUGAUGCCUGUUCUUUGGUUUUCACCUUGCCAGGCUUUAACCAGGAGAGAUCUGCGGGCAACUCCACCAUGUCGGAUAGCGACCUCGGGGAGGACGACAGCGCCACAUCCCCGGACCCCUCGCAGUCCAACAAGAGGAAGAGAAGGGGCAAUCUCCCCAAGGAGUCCGUAAAGAUCCUCCGGGACUGGCUGUACGAGCACCGCUUCAAUGCCUACCCCUCUGAGCAGGAGAAGCUCAGCCUCUCGGGGCAGACCAGCCUCUCUGUGCUGCAGAUCUGCAACUGGUUCAUCAACGCCAGGAGGCGGCUGCUCCCCGACAUGCUGCGUAAGGAUGGGAAGGACCCCAACCAGUUCACCAUUUCCCGCCGGGGUGGCAAAGCUGGUGAUGUGGCUCUGCCGCGGGGGGCUGCUGCUGGUUCUGGGGUGCUGGUGGUACCUCCUGUGACAGCCACGGGGGCCUCCAAGGUGCUGUCGAUGUCUGUAUGCCCGCAGGUACUGUGCCACCCUGCCCAGGCACUGGGCAGCAACCUGACGGUGGUGAGUGCCCACAGUCCUGAGUGGGAGAAGCCCCCUGUCCCACAGCGAGCGGAGCCAGACCCUGCCCCCAAAGCACCGCUAGGUGCCACCGGCAGCACCAUGACCUUGCUGGCCCGGGCUGAGGCGGCCAGCCCCACCAGUGGACUCUUCAACACACCACCCCCCACGCCCCCCGAGCUCUUCGGCGACGACUUCAGCAGCUUCCAGCUGCUGGUGGAGGUGGCGUUGCAGAAGGCGGCCGAGCUGGAGUCGCAGCGGCAGGGCGGGCAGCUGCCCCUCUCACCCCAGACUGAGCCUCCGGGAGCCUCCGUCUCCAAAUAACCCCCGGGCCAGCUCCCGCAGGGUGCCCUUCCUCGGGGGGUGCCUGACCCUCCUGGCCACCCAUCUGCCUGCACCCCCCAACCAACUAAUCUCAGGAGCGGACUCCUGCCUUCCAGGGGGCUCUGGUUUCUCUGUCAGCCAAGGGGGGAGAGGUGGGGAGAUGCCCCCCCCGCCUGCUGCCCUUGCCACUGAGGACUGUGCCCCGGCUACAUGGGAGGAUGUGGCCACUGCAGUCUGGCCACUGUGAAAAGACCUUUGCAGCUUUACUGACCUCACCCUGCUGUGACUGAUGGUUACUGUGGAGCUCCCCUUGGAAAACCUGCUGACUUCUUUUUCUCUCUCCUGCAAACAAGGGUCCAGCCAACACCGUUUCUUCAGGGAGAGAGAGAGAGAAUUUAUUUUUUUUAAAGUUG